CAUUCCGUCUCCUUCGCGAUCCGGAGCCCCACUCUACCGGCGUUACCAUUUCCACCAGUGGGGGAUGCGCGUAGUUUCAGUAUUAUAAGCCGUCAUUAAUUAACGGAGGCUAGCCUCCGAUGCAUCAUGAGGUUAAUAGCCUUGGCCUCAAGACUAUAGUUCUAAACUACAAAAGCCCAAAGAGUGGCUGCUUUGCCCUUCGUCACUUGGACUUCUGGCAUCCAACAUCUGAUCUUCAUUGACAUCCCACCGAGUACAGAAACGCAAGCCCAAUGUUGCGCAGUUUAGUUCUUCUCGUGUCCGCAGCCUGUGCUGCGGCGCAAUGUUCUCUUCCUUCAUCAUACAGAUGGACAUCAACGGGAGCUCUAGCUAAUCCGAAAUCCGGCUGGGUCUCUCUUAAGGACUUCACCGCCGUCCCCUACAAUGGCCAAUACCUCGUCUACGGGACCACGCACGAUUCCGGAUCAUCGUGGGGUUCGAUGAAUUUUGGACUGUUCUCAGACUGGAGCAGGAUGAGCUCGGCCAGUCAGAAUGGUAUGAGCCAGGGUACCGUUGCGCCCACGUUGUUCUUUUUCGCUCCAAAGAACAUCUGGGUGCUUGCCUACCAGUGGGGGCCUACUGCGUUUUCGUACAAGACAUCGAGCGACCCUAGCAAUCCAAACGGAUGGUCCUCUGCCCAACCCCUUUUCACUGGUAGUAUCUCAGGUUCCAGCACGGGCCCGAUCGAUCAGACCCUUAUUGGCGACAGCUCGAACAUGUACCUGUUCUUUGCAGGGGACAAUGGCAAGAUCUACCGAGCUAGCAUGCCCAUUGGAAAUUUCCCGGGCAAUUUUGGCUCGGCUUCGACCGUCGUUCUAAGCGACUCGACCAACAACCUGUUCGAGGCCGUCCAGGUCUACACCGUUCAAGGCCAAAACAAGUAUCUGAUGAUUGUGGAAUCAAUCGGAUCGCAGGGGCGAUACUUCCGUUCAUACACAGCGACCAGUCUGGGCGGCUCAUGGACGCCACAGGCUACAUCCGAGAACGCGCCAUUUGCCGGAAAGGCAAACAGCGGCGCCAGUUGGACCAACGAUAUUAGUCACGGUGAUCUCAUCCGUAGCAACGCCGAUCAGACAAUGACCAUCGAUCCAUGUAACCUGCAGCUUCUCUAUCAAGGGAAAGCUCCUAACUCCGGCGGCGCUUAUGAUAAAUUGCCAUAUCGUCCAGGCCUUUUGACAUUGGCCCGAUAAGCAGUCGAUCUCUACAAUCUUGGGGAGUGGAGGAUCCGUAGGCCAAGGUUCCAAAUACAAUUGAAGACAUAUUGCAAAGUUAGGUGCCUGGUGUAUAUAGGAGAGUCAGGUAUAUAGUUCGGAGCAGCAAGCAAGUGUAUUCCUGAAUGCCAGAUGAGCAAACCCUUGAAAUGCCAUGAAAGACAUAGAUGACGACAUUUACUGGAUAUACCAGACUGACACCCAUUGAGAGGACAUGUUUGACAUUGGCGGUAGUGUGUAAGUCCACAAAGUCAAGCGUAUGUAGGCCAAACUCGACUCGACUGUAAUAUUAGUAUGUCUUUGAGAUCGGCUGGCGGCAUCGCUUUCUGAUAACUGUACCCUUAUCAAAUUACAUAAACGAGCUCAGAUGAAGAUUACUUGGUUUUUGGUAGAACUGCAGAAGGGAUAAGGAAGUGAAUUGCGCUGUAUUCUUUGAAGGGUUAUGCAGAGUCUGGCAGAGGUUAUAUUCUACCUACUACCUAGGGCAUUGGCUAUCUAGGAGGGCAGAGAAUGGUGGCGCCACUGCACCGC